ACCCAUGGUGCCUAUAUAAUAUAAGCACUUUACACAAGCACUAAAUCUCUCUCUCUGUUUUCUCUCACUCACUCAUUGUGCAAAAAUGCCAAGUCUAUUCUCUAAACAACUACACCUCUGUUUCUUCAAGCUCAAAUACCCCACAAUUCUCUCCCAACCUAACCCACAACACACUACUACUACUACUACUACUAUUACUACAUCUCCAUCACAAUCACCACCUUACACUUUCCACCAUUUCAACACCACCUACAGCCACCACCGCGACGAAGCCGAAGACUACUUCUACGACGACACCACGGAACUUCCACCACCGGACUUCGCCUCCGCCUUUGCAUCCCAAAGAUUCUUCUUCUCCUCCCCAGGCAGCUCCAAAUCCAUCACAGAAACAGAGUCUCCCUUCAACAACACUCAACCCUGCAACUCGUUGAUACCAAAAGGAGGCUUUCACUCACCUCCUUGUUGAUAUUUUAUCUUCCUCCUCCUCUUCAUCAUUCUCCUCUUCCUCGCAACCGCCAUCACCACCUUCUCGGAAGCUCAAUAGCCAACACGGGCCCGGUAGUUUCUCAAGGAGGUUACCGUAAAAGCAUUAGAUUU